AUGCUGCGCUGGCUGCGGGGCUUCGUGCCCCCUGAGGCGGCCUGCCAGGAGGACGAUGACUCCUUCCGCUACGAGAGCCUCUUCCGAGACUUGGACCGCCACGAGGACGGGGUGGUGGACAUCGUCGAGUUCCAAGAGGGGCUGAAAAACUGGAGCUCCUCGUUUGACCUGCACUCGGAGACGGCUUUACCGGGAGUGUGGGAGAUUCGGAGAUACUGGAGAGGGAACGUGGCUGGGGAGGGUCGGAGAAGACGGGCGGUGAGCGCGGCUCCCUCCCUGCAGCGCUUCCUGGGUGCCGCCGGGAGGCGCUCGGAGUCCCCGCCGGGCCCCGCGCAGACGCGCUGCGUCGCUGCCGUCUCGGUCCGCAGCCGCCGGGCGGCAGAAAGAGUAACUUUGCAGGCGUCGAAAGGUAGUGCUCCUAAAAGUUCCCGCUGCGACAUGGCCUUGGGGAUCAGGGGGCAGGCCACGUGCCCGCGAGAGUGCUUUCAAGCGCUACGAGUGCCGCACGCCCUUGGGCGAGAGGACCUCCUGCCGAGCCCUGGGCUGCCACGCCGGCAGGGACAAAUGCAAGCUGAGGAGGCACAUGCUACGGGAAUGCCUUCUGCCAGCACCAAAUCCCGUGAGAACGAGGAGCGCUUCAAUUGUGACCAGUGCCAUUAUGCGUGCAAACAGAAACGGCACACGGCCUUACACAAAAGAACCCAAACUGGGGAGAAGCAUCUUAACUGUGGUCAUUGUGACAAGGCCUUCCGCAAUGUCAAGCUCCUCAGAGUGCGCGUCAGACAGCACCACGGGCCCGCAUUUACCCCUAGCCGCUCCCCCUCUGCUGGAAACGUUUUUAAAGCUGGAGACACCAACAAUGAUUCAAGAUUGGACUUUGAAGAAUUUGUGCAGUACCUUCAAGACCACGAGAAAAAAAUGAGGCUGGCAUUUAACAGUGUGGACAAAAAUAAUGAUGGAGUAAUAGAAACUUCAGAAGUAAUUGCUGCUUUGAAAUCAUUGGGUAUGAAUAUUUCUGAAUCUCAGGCAAAAAAGAUUCUACAAAGCAUUGACAGUGAUGGAACAAUGACAGUAGACUGGGAUGAAUGGAAGUACUACUUUUUGUUUCAUCCUGCAACAACCAUCAAUGAAAUUGCUCGUUUCUGGAAGCAUUCUACUGUAAUUAACAUAGGGGAAAGUAUAGCUAUUCCAGAUGAAUUUACUGCACAAGAGAAGUGUUCUGGAGAUUGGUGGAGGCCAUUGGUGGCAGGAGGAAUAGCUGGCGCAGUUUCAAGGAUGUACACGGCACCUCUUGACUGCUUGAAGGUCAUGAUGCAGGUUCAUAGUUUAAAGUCAAGGAGAAUGAGACUGAUUGGUGGGUUUGAGCAGAUGGUCAAAGAAGGAGGGCUUCGUUCUCUUUGGCGAGGAAAUGGUGUAAAUAUUUUUAAAAUUGCACCAGAGACAGCGCUUAAGAUUGGAGCCUAUGAACGGUAUAAGAAAUGGCUUAGUUUUGAUGGUGCUAAAAUAGGAGUUAUUGAGAGAUUUAUAUCUGGCUCAUAGGCUGGUGUAACUACCCAGACUUGUAUUUACCCCAUGGAGGUUCUAAAGACCAGACUGGCUGUAGGUAAAACUGGACAGUAUUCAGGGGUUAUUGAUUGUGGCAAGAAGCUUCUGAAACAAGAAGGUGUUAGAACCUUUUACAAAGGUUAUAUUCCUAACUUGCCAGGUAUCAUAUCUUGUGCAGGCAUACAUCUUGCCGUUUAUGAGCGUUCGAAGAAUUAGUGGCUAGAAAAUUCUGCAGGAGACUCUGUAGACCCUGGGAUAGUGAUUUUGCUGGGCUGUAGUAUGUUGGCUCACACUUGUGGUCAGAUAGCCAGCUUCCCUCUCAACCUUAUUAGAACUCGCAUACAGGCUCAAGCACUGGAAGAAAAAGGAACAACAGCUUCUAUGAUUCAGCACAUUCAGGAUAUAUAUAACAAAGAAGGAAAACGAGGAUUUUUCAGGGGUCUAACCCCAAACAUCGUAAAGGUGCUGCCUGCAGUAGGCUUCAGCUGUGUGGCUUAUGAAAAAGUGAAACAACAUCUGGGGUUAAUUUAG